AUGCCCCCUGACGCUGCCGCCUCAGCCGUGAGCCUAGCCGCGAAGCCGGGGGAGCCUUCCCUCGUCCCGGGUGCCCGGCCCGGCCCUGCGGGCACUUCAGCCAGGCAGGUGCCCGAGGCUUCUCUCCCCGAGCCCCCUCCAUCUCGACUCCCCCCAGGUUGCCACGAGCCCCCCGCAGACUCCUUCGCUCCCCCCGUCCGUCUUCCAGGCCCUCCCACGGGGUGGGAGCCUGGCCUGGCCCAGAACCGGCCACCGCAGCCCAAGAACCGCGUCCACCGGCACCUCCACGGGCCUCAGCGGCUGGCAGCGGCCGGCAGGUGCCCCGGAGCCCGUACCGUCCCCCCCAAGCCAAAGAGCAGCCAGAGCUCGGCUAAGCGAGACCCCCGGCCGCUCGGUCCGGUCCAGCACCGACUCCGGAACAACCGGCCUAGACGAGGCCACCUAGAAGCAGGCCAGAGCGGGCGCGAGGCCGGCGGCGAGGGCACCCCAGCGAGGCCCACGGCCCGCCCCGGGGCCAGGGAAGCGGGAGGCCGUCAGACACCUCGAGUCAGCCUUCCCGGGAGCCAGAGGGGGCCCUGCGUGGUGGCAGAGGCCGGGCUGUACCCUCUGUGCUGGGCUCUGUUGGCCGCCGUCCCGAGCUUUGGACAAGGCUGGGAUCCGGGGCUUGCACCUCCCGGGGGCCUCCUCCUGGCCCCCAGCCCUGCAUUCCCUGAGCUGGGCACAGUGUGGGCGCCCCUGCACGAGCCCCAGAAAGCAGGCACCACCUCGGCCUUGGCAUCGGCGCAUCUGGUGCCCGGUCCGGGGUCCACUUCGCUGCUGAGCCUGCUCGGGCCUCCCACAACCGGCCCUCCGCCCCAGCCGGGACCUUCGUCCCCCCCUGCCUCCAGCCUCCUCUCCUCGGUCCUCCCCCUCCCCGUGGCUGCUCCCACACGUCUGUGGAAGGAAAGGCAGCGAGGGGGGCCCCCACGUCCGCCGCCCCUCCUGGCCCACGUGCUGGUUACGCCACUGGGGGGGGGACGAAGGAGGGAGGGGGCCGCUGCUAAGCUGUGCUGCGGGGGUGGACGGGGAUGA